AUGGAAUUUUUCUCAAUUUCUCCCUCGAUUUUUCAUUUUCUUUUGGGUAUUGUGUCGUAUUUGUCUUUUAACUUAACGUACAAAUGGCUGAAAAAUCCAGUCAUUAAUCAGGAACCCAUCAACUUUUUGCAAAUAAAUGUCGUGACCACCUUAAAAGAAGGCUCAAGUUUUUGGUGCACAGGUGACAGCAAAUCCAAACGAAUCUGCAGAUUUCGUCACCUAUGUUACCAACCAGUUCAAGAUGACUUCUUUUUCUUUCAUGGCCCAGAUACGGUGAUCGAUGGAGUGCCUGAAAACCGCUUCGAUCCAGCACUUUUGGACUUGUCCUCUGUAGACGAUCACAACACCCAGUACUUCAAUUAUGUCGACUAUCCGGUUUCUGCAUUGGAUACCUUUCCUAACAUCACCAUCAUAGAUGACUUAAGCUUAAUAUUUAACAGAUUCAAUGCAGACAAUAUUAUGCACGUUAUCCAUGACGAUCUACUGCCUCUAUUCCAUACACUGGGACAGUUUUCUUGGAGUAAGCCUUCAAUUGAUCUUGGAUAUAGAUUAGUUAUGAUGGAGGGAUGGAACGAAGGGACCUAUUUUGAUCUCUACAAGUUAUUCACAGACAAACCACCACUACUCAAAAGAGAUCUUCAAAAGUCAAAGCAAUUGAUUUGUUUUCAGCAUGGUGUUGUUGGCAUCUCCAAAUAUACAACAUGGUAUCAGUAUGGGUUUAAGGAACCACAGGGAGCCCUACCUCGUACUUCAUUAACAGGACAAUAUGUGCGACAGUUUGUGAUGUUUAUUAAAAAGAGGUUGGGGCUAGACAGUGGAUUAACACGUGCAUCUGAUUCUUCUUAUGUUGUACUUUGUUCAAGGGAACACAACCGUUUAAUAAUCAAUGAACUGGAUUUGUCAAUGGCAAUUUCCAGGCAUUUUGAUAAACAAGUCAUUCAUACUAGCAUGACAAAACACUCUUUUAAAGAACAGGUCCAACUUGUAAGCAGAGCCAGUGCACUUAUUGGAAUGCAUGGCUCAAUCUUGAUUUUGGCAAUGUUUCUACCACCCAGUGCAAAACUUAUUGAAUUGUUCCCAUUUGGUGUCAAUCCUAAUCACUACACUCCUUAUUGUACCUUGGCAAAUUUACCAGGGAUGGAUAUUACUUAUGGUGCAUGGAGAAAUGAAAUUGAGGAGAAUACGGUAACUUACCCACAUGAAGCACCAGAAGUUGGUGGAAUUGUUCAUCUCAGUGACGAGGAACAAGUACAAAUCAGGACAGCAAAAGAAGUUCCAAGGCAUCUAUGCUGUAGCAACCCUUACUGGCUUUAUAGAAUUUAUCAAGAUACCAUGGUUGACAUAAAAUCACUACUACUUGUUAUGCAAACAGUAGAAAAGAAGCAAAGAAUGACAUCUGUAAGGCCAAAACCUGCUUAUGACCAUAAUCUGUAUCCAAGUAAAGUUAUCAAUGUGACUUGUCAACUUCCAUCAGAGGAGUCACAGCCAGCAUUGUGGUUGUCAUGGAAACCACCCUUAAAUUUACCUUUUAUUGCUGGUAGCAAUGUGAAAUAUGAGGUGUGGAUUCAACCCAAUGGACAAAAUAAUUAUGUGGCAUACAUACUUGAUAUGACAGAGUAUAUAUUUACCGAAAAUUUGCUGAGAAACACACAUUAUAAUGUUUGGGUCAGAUGUAUUGUCGAUGAAAACUCCGGGCCUUUUGGUAGUGUUGCACACUGUGAGACAAACUGACUUCUGGUUGAAGCAGUUGGGAUUGCAAGGCUAUAUAUCAUUUAUUUUUAUAUAUUUUGUUUACUUUGAUUUAUAUUUUGGUGUUAUGUGGCUCUUGCAUUAGAACAAAUGUUUGAGAUAUUUACCAAAAAUAAUGAAUUUAAUCAGAACAAUGUUACAAAGACAAAGUACUUCAUCAAUUAAAACACAACAUUUAUGUAGGUGGGUUGAAUAUAUGGAAUUUCUGCUUUUGACAGAGCCAAGAACAGGUGCCCCAAAAUUGUUACAGGAGAUUAGUGUUGACCUUACCACAGUCUGAUCUUUAGAUCAAGAUACAUCUACUCUGCUGACAAUUACUAAAAAUUUUCAAAGCUACCACUUUGCUUAAUGAAGUUCUACUUAUGCAAUAAAUCUCAUAUUAAAUUUUUUUAUCUUUAUAAGUAAGCAAACUACUGAUUCAUUUGCCAUUUUUUGAUGAACCAUUAUUUCUAUUACCAGUAUUACUAAUAGAUCACUAUUAAUUAAUAGUUAACAAUUAUUCAUCAAAAUGAAGGUGAUCAGUGGUGGAUAU